UCGUGUAAAGCCUUUCCAAGAGUGAAGGUGGAUUUUUCAUUGUCUCAUGAAGAUGACUUUUUCUUUCCUGUCUAUGAGCCAAUAGAAUGGAAGUACCACACACCAGAGGAGGAGAUUGCUCUUGGUCCAGCGUGUUGGCUUUGGGAUUACUUACGCCGCAGUGGCAGCGGAGGAUAUUUCUUGCCUCUCAGUGGUGGUAUUGACAGCUCCAGUACUGCUUGUAUAGUGGCCUCCAUGUGUCAUCUGGUCUGUGAAGCUGUGCGUGAGGGAGAUUCCAAAGUAUCAGAGGAUGCCAGGAAAAUAACAGGAGAUCCUAACUACAUUCCUACAGACCCCAAAGAACUGGCCAAUAGAGUGUUCACCACAUGCUUUAUGGCAACAGAUAACAAUUCAGAGGAAACUAAGGAAAGAUCAAGGAAGCUUGCUGAGCAGAUUGGAAGUCACCACCUUCAAAUCAAAAUAGACACAGCAGUUGCAGCAGUUCUGGGUAUAUUUACUGCAGUGAUGGGGGUGGUACCCAGGUUCACAGCUCAUGGGGGUAGUCUGAGAGAGAAUGUGGCAUUACAGAAUAUACAGGCCAGACUUCGUAUGGUUCUAGCUUACCUAUUUGCACAGUUGUCUCUGUGGGCCAGAGGGAGACCAGGAGGACUCCUGGUGUUAGGCUCUACAAAUAUGGAUGAACGUUUGCGUGGCCACAUUACCAAAUAUGACUGCUCCAGUGCUGAUCUGAACCCAAUAGGGGCCAUCAGUAAAACAGACCUCAGGAAGUUUACCACAUACUCAAUUAAUAAAUUUGGAUUUACAGCUUUGAAAGACAUAUAUGCUGCACCUCCAACGGCAGAGCUGGAACCACUCAAGGAUGGCAAACUAGUACAGACAGAUGAGAAAGAUUUGGGCAUGACUUACGAUGAACUUUCAGUCUAUGGUAGACUUCGAAAGCAGGCAUUUUGUGGUCCAUAUAGCAUGUUUGGCAAACUUGUGCACACUUGGAAAGAAACCUGUACUCCAAGACAAGUUGCCUCCAAGGUAAAGCACUUCUUCAGGUACUAUUCCAUUAAUCGGCAUAAGAUGACUGUCAUUACUCCUUCCUACCAUGCUGAAAGCUCUAGCGUGGAUGAUAACAGAUUUGACCACAGACAGUUUUUAUACAACAUACAGUGGCCAUGGCAAUUCAGAAUGAUUGAUGAACAGGUUCAAAUAAUGGAAAGUCACCAGAUUGCUACAGAAAGGAGAGGUGGAGGAGGAGGAGGAGGCAAAAUAAAGAACACCAAUACUGAGUAUGAAAAGGAACAGCUGAGAAAACAGAGUGGCAGUGAUUCUGAUCAGAAGAGAGGUACUGAAGGAGGAAAGAAAACAGGAGAUAAUGAUAAGGGGGUCAUGGUGACAACGAUGAUCUCAUCUGGAGUGUCUUCUUCACACCUAGUGCUGCCACCUGGUGUGUCACCACUCCAGCCAGUGCUGCCACCUGGAGAAUUUUCCUCACAACCAGAGGUACAACCUGACUUAUCACCAUCACAGCUAGUGUUGCCUUCCUCACAGCCAGAUACUGAAGCUCUUAUAUUAAGUGGUUCAGAGCCUCCAAAUCGAGGUUUCCAGAAAACGAGAUCAUUAAAGUUGGAUAGUGGUCAGAGAUGUUUCACACCCACAUUGAUCGAUCCUCCAGCUAGUAUCUGUACCCAAGGGGUUUAAGCUAGGAAUCAGGGCAUUUUGAAGGCCAGAUGUUGGUGUUAAGAUGUGGACAAGCUAUAAAAGUUCUUAUUAGGGUGGAAGCAUUGUGGAAGAAGAAUGCAGUUUCCACAUGUCACAAUAUUCAGGAACAUAAUAUCUUGGUAAUCUCCAGCAGAAUGGGAUUCUAUCUUAGCACAGUAUCACCAUAUGGACUGUAAAUUAAAAACCGUAACAACCAAAUAUUUUAUUAACUUUUAAACAUAGGCUGUAAAUAUAAAAAGAGCUAUAAUAUAAGUGUUUUGUAUACGUGUAUUUUUCUUGCUAACUCGUAUUCACUUGCUAUUGUUAUUACAAUAUUGAAAUUUAAUGUAAAAUACUUUUGGGAUAUAUUUUUUUAACUUUUUAUACAGUACACAUUCAAAACAUUUUAAUCACUUCUGAUCAUAGGCUGCGAUGAAAAAAAAAGAGCUUCAGUAUCAGUGUUUUUACUUGUUUAUAUUAAUAUUGGGAAAUUUAAUGGUGCACAACUGGCUUAGCUAAUUUUUACUACCCUUUUACAGAAGGCAAACUGAACAGAAUAACUGUGAGUGAGUGAUAUAUCAUGAUAUAUGGAAUGUUGUAGAAUAGCAUUAAAUGCUUUUUAGAAAAUAUAAUGGGUUAAUUUUAUUAAAAAUGAGAUUUUUAUUUAAUGUUUUAAUCAAUAUGCCUCUCAACUGCUGGAACAUUUGUCAUAAAAAUGUUAUUGAAAGUAAAGCACUGCAUUUAGAGACUGCAAUCCAAGUACCAAUUAAGAAACCCAUCGUAUCAUAAUCUAAUUUUCAUGUCUUUUGCUAGUAUAGUACAAAA